CUGUUAUUAGCGGUCAUGGCCACCGCUCUGUCCCGCGCGCUCAAACUGCCAGGGAAGAAGGGCACGGAGCUGGGUGAGUAUGACCCCUUGACCCAGGUGGACAGUGAGGAUGAUAGCGAGGAGGAUGAUCUUGUCCUGAAUUACCCACGGAAUGGCCUCAGCUCACACUCACAUGCCGCCACGCUCAGGCUGGCACAAGAGGAGGCGGAGCUACACGAGGAGGACGAAGAGGAUGCGUGGAGACAUGGUGGUGUGAAGGACAGAAGGGGCGAGUCAAGAGGGGCAACUGAUGAGGGGGUGGGGUUGGUCAGCGAGGGCCCAGGGCAGAAGGCUAAAGUCAGGGCUGCGGUCCGCACCGCGGCGUUCGUGGUGCCACUGAUCUGCGCCACGAUGUUCGUCUUGCUGUUCGCCUUCCUGGUGCCAUGCCAACAAGGGGCCUCACAAAGACAUAAGGAGUGGGAGACCGAAGUGGGACACGCAGGCGGUGUGACCUCACCUCCCAUGGCAUUAUGGGAUGUAGACGGGGACGGAGUCGAGGACUUAUUAAUCGCAGUCAUGAGGAUCAACAACAGCAGCCAGCAGAACAGUUUUUUAGGAAACAACAAAGAGUACAGUGUGGUAGCUCUUCAUGGAGUGAACGGCUCAGUGAUCUGGACCCGCUCUCUUAAGGAGCCGCUCUCCUCCGUGCAGUGUUCAGCUCCCAGUACCUGCCUGCUCAUCACCUCAACACACUUGAGUGGUAUAAACGCAUCUACAGGUAAGAGGUUGUGGGAGGUGCCAGCAGGUGAGGUGGAGUCACCGGCUGUGGCUGUUCCUGAUUUGCAGGGAGAUUCUGUUCCAGACCUGCUGAUUGCUACUUUACCCGCAGACCAGGAAUCAGAUCUGUCUCUAGUCCUGCACUCGGGAUUGACAGGCUCUCUGAUUGGCCAGCCAGUGAACUUUAACCUCACAGCACAGGGAAAGCUGAUUGGUCCCUUGCUUCAUGAGACGGCAGUGGGAGCGUACUACAUCCUGUUUGGUUUGGGCACAGUAGAAGCGGUAUCUCUGAGAGAUGUUUAUAGACAGGCGACGGGACGAACAACUGUUCCCUCGAGUCUUGGUGUGAAGGACCCCUUGUGGGAGAAGCAGAGAAAGAACUCAUCUACACUUAUACACAUCUAUAGUGGUGGUGAUAAGGUUGAGUAUUUCCUCCCCCUGGUGGCCGGGGUGUGUAAUAACCACAAUAACCUGGACGCUGAGUCGAGUCGUAACUCCAGCCGCAGUGACUGGGUGUUGGUGUUUGUAAACAGUCGCAUCUCUGUCAUCCGAGAAAGAGACAUACGCACCACCUGGACCAUUAGCUCCUCCUCCAUACACAGUCGUCCUGCUAUUGGUCAUUUUAAUGAUGACGGUGUUCCUGAUCUGCUCAUCCAGCAAUCUGCUAAUGGCGUUCGAAAGGUCCAGAUCAUUGACGGAGCUCAAGGGCAGCGCCUGUGGGAGGCGGAGUUUAUUUGUCCCCUCCUUGUUCUGGAAGGUUCCACCAUUAUGACCACAUCUGGCCAGUCUGUGUUCCUGUUCUGGGCAGGAGAUCCGCUCCCGGCAUCGAAAAACGUUACUAAGAUCAGCCCACCUGAGCCAGUCCUCCGCAGACUAUUUCUCUUUCACCCAGAGUAUCCCACAAUCCUCCAGGAGCUCACCAGCACCACUGAUACAGCCCUCACGGCUACAGUAAGUUAUGACGAGGAGCAGAAGGACGUGUCCUACGUGGUGGUGGUGUCCCGGCCCGUCUCGGGUCUCGGCCCCGGAGUUCAGCUGGUGAAGAGUGUGAGUGUGAGAGCAUCUCUGACCAGAGCCGCCACCGUACGCCUGAGCGAUGACUCGCGUGCACACACCGCCUUCCAGAUCGAUAAGUUCUUCAAAACCCUGUCCUUCAGACGGCAGUGAGACGCUGAUGGAUCAGGAUGAGAAUGAGGAUCAGGAUGUUCACACUGUUACAUAUUUAUUUACAUUAAUUUAUUUAUUAAGAUGAUGAUGAUGAUGAGACAAUGUAAUCAGGGCCGAGUGUUAACAUUCCAUUUUAAUAAAAUGAUCAUGAACCAAAAUGAAGCUGUCACUUUACACAACAGGAGCUGCUUUGCUAAUAGUCAUGCUAACACUAGCAGCAUAGCGCUCGUUAAAAGCACAUUAUAGAUAAUAAAAAAAUAAAAAUGUACUGAUUUGAACAAGCAGAGCUUGUUUUGAGCGCCUAUAUGUUUAAAAUAAAUGUAAUAAAAAGUCACAGCGCAUGCUUUGAAGCAAUGCUUUUAUUAGCGUUAAUGUUAACGUUAGCAGUCUAUGGCAUAGCAGAAAACUGUAAAACUAGCUAGCGUAAUGUAGCGCUAGGCUCCUGUUCAGUGUGCUGCUCGUUUCUACCUUGGACCACUAUUUGUUUGUUUGUUUGUUUGUCCACAUAUUCCUUCUUUGACUUUUAUGUAAAUGGCCGUCCUGUAAAUAACCUGAGUUGGUUGAGUUGUCGUCAUGGUGACAGGUUCCCGCCCACUGACCAUGACAUUGCUGUUUUCCUGGUCGCCGGUGCAGAAGUGCACAGUGUGUUGGAGAGAGUGAGUGUGUGUGUGUAAGAUAUUAUUAAAGAAAUGAUGGGUGUAUGUAGGUGACUGUGUGUGUGUGAGGACUGAACAUAAUGUAAAUAUAUUUAGACUGUUUUCUGCAAAUAAGCACAACGAACAAACUUGCUGUUGGUUUAACAGAACAAACAGACAUGUGAGAAUGCUUCCCCUAGUGUGUGCACAAACACACACUCACGCUUUUAUUUACAUUGUUUCUGCAGUGUUAUAAGAGUAACUACUGUUCAAUAAAGAGUAAACAUUAA